GAAGCUGGGCGGAGUUAUGCGCAGGAUCAGUGCGCAUACCCGGAAAAACAAGCGGAACGCAUGGUCAGAGGGCUGAUCAUGGAGCGACGGUGGAAGAUCAUAAUCAGAUACCGCUGAGGAAAGUUUGUCCAUGUGGGACCAUGACGGGUCGAAGACGACGAGCUGGACGAGCUUCCAGGACGAGGAGAGAGAAACAUGAAAACUCCCUCCAGUCAGCCUCUUUACGUCACCUGUCUCAGUACGUCAGACUGAUGAAGUUUCUUCACCAGCGAGGAUUCUCCUCCACUCUGCUGCAGCCGGCCGUCUUCACCGACACAGGUCGAGGACUUCAGACUCUCAGAGCUAUCAAGCCCGGUCAUCUGGUGAUCUCUCUGCCUGAGUCGUGUCUCCUCACCACCUCGACUGUCCUGAACAGCUGCCUGGGAGAAUAUAUCAAAAGCUGGAAGCCUCGUCUUUCUCCCCUCCUGGUUCUCUGUGUCUUCCUGGUUUUUGAGCGUCACCAAGGGGACGCCUCUGAUUGGUUCCCCUAUGUCGACCUGCUGCCCACCUCCUACACCUGUCCCGUGUACUACGGCGAUGACGUCAUGGCUGCUCUGCCCGCCUGUGUGAGGAGGCGGGGCUUAGAGCAGAGGGAGGCGGUGCAGGAAAUGUUCUCCUCCAAUCAGGACUUCUUCAAGUCUCUGCAGCCUGUGCUGAAUCAGCCUACAGAGGACGUGUUGACCUAUGAGGCUUUCAGAUGGGCCUGGUGCAGCGUCAACACUCGCUCCGUCUUCAUGUCUCAUCGGCCCAGCAGCUUCUUGUCUGGACCAGAUCACUUUGCUUUAGCUCCAUUUCUGGACCUGCUGAACCACAGAGCUGACGUCCAGGUUGAAGCCAGUUUCAAUGAUGUGACAAGGUGUUACGAGAUCAGGAGUGUUUGUGGGACUCGCCGCUUCCAUCAGGCCUUUAUUAACUACGGUUGCCAUGACAAUCAGCGACUACUGUUAGAAUACGGCUUCGUCUGCAGCAACAAUCCUCACAGCGUCAUUUACGUGGACAUAGAUCUGCUCUGUGAUGUUUUAAAAGCUGACAGGAGGUUGGAUCAGAAGAUCAAGUUCCUCAGAGAAAACAAUUUCCUUCAAAAUCUGACUAUUUCCAGCGAAGGUCCCAGUUGGAGGCUGCUGACGGCGCUCAGACUGUUUUCUCUGCCACAAACGAUGUACCACCAGUGGAAGACAGUACUGCUCGGUCAGACGCUGUGUGAAGAAAAAGAACAGUGGAUCAUUCGAACAGCGAAGAUUCUCUGUCAGAGACUUCUACAGGACACAUUUAGGGCUUUAGAUAAGAUCUCAAACCUCCUCCAACAGAGCGAGCAGCCAAUCAGAGAGCAGCUGGAGGUGGUGAUGUCACUGCGGCAGGAGGAGAGGUGCAUCCUGGGAAGAUGUCUGGAGGCACUGGAUGAGCCGCUCAAACAAACUGAUGAACUGUUACCGUGCCGACAGGAUGCUGAUGCUCAACAGAUGGACUAAUACUGGAUGACAUCAAAUAUGGAAUCUAAAUUUUACUGAAAAUGGACUCAUGAGGACAGAACUGUGAGGAAACAGCAGAGCAGAGAUUCAACUCCUUGAAGAGUCAUUUAUGUAUUUACUGCAGAGAUUUGUAGGAGCCAUUCAGUAUCUGGAUAUUGAAUUUCAAGAAAUGAUGAUGCCUGCAAAACUCCAACACAUUUCAUGAUGGUAGCUGAACUUACGAACUUGUUGCUAUUUGGAUAGAUUCACGUCAGACCACCAAACAUUUUCGCUUGAAAAGUGCUUAAUACAUGAAGCUAAAAUUACACAAAUAUCUUUAUAAAUAUCCACACUUUAUGCUACGAAAACUGUAACUUUCCAAAGACAGUAAUUUUGAGAAAUCUAGUUCCAAGUUAGUCAUUAGCCGUUAUGCCCUACGAUCUCAUGACAUUUUGUUUUUUCUUGACUCAUCGUGUUCGAACUGAAAUGGGUAAAAAAGCUUCCAGUUACUCUGCCCCCUCUGCUUGGAAUGCCCUCCAAUCUAAACUGAAAUUGUCAAAAUUUGUUUAAUUGGAGGCCUUCCGCUCUAUUUUAAGAUAUCGGCAACAGAAAUCCUUGUUACUGUAAAAAUGACUCCUGUAUUGUAUUUAAUAUUUUAAUGUUUGUUGUUAUUGUUUUGUCUGUUUUUUUAGUUUGACAUUUGCUGCUGCCUCUCUUGGCCAGGUCACCCUUGUGAAAGAGGUCUCGAUCUCAGUGGGUCUUUUAUCUGGUUAAAUAAAAAUAAAUUAGAUUUUGUCGUCA